CGGCGGGGCGCUUGAAGCCAUGGCGACGGCGGAGGCGGGCGGCCCCUUGACGGCGAAGGCGGUGGCGGCGCUCGGGCGGCUGGGCCAGGCCCUCGGCUGCUCCCGGUGCCAUCAUCUUCUGGAGAAACCUGUGAACCUAGGAAAUUGUGAGCACGUCUUUUGCUUAGCUUGUGUGGGCGACUGCGUCGGCACAGCUUGCCCAGUAUGUCACAUCCCGAGCAGGGUACAAGAUGUGAAAGUGAGCAGGCAGCUGGACAACAUCGCCACGCUGUACAGAAAACUGCAGAAGCUGCAAAGUGGGGACGUUUCAGGUAAGGGAAAUGAGGGUGGUGCUGCUUAUAAAGGUGCGAUUCUUGAAAGGGGACUCAGUGCAAGAUCCAGAACCUUCUUAACGGUGAAAUAUGAAUGGCUUAUUCCCUGA